AUGGUCCGGCCCUCAUUCUUCCACGUCGACCACGCCCGGAGGGAUAUCGAAGCCCUGACGGUCGCGGUGCACGAGCCGGUGCGGGAUAACGGCGAAGGAACCUGUAUCAAGUCCGGGUGGCUCAGUUUGCCCGAACCCGAGCGGGAGCGGGAGACAGCGUCUGAGUCUGAGACUGAGGACGGCAAGGGUGAGGGUGAGGGUGAGGGCGAGGGCGAAGGCGAAGGUAAUUGCGCAGCCAAAGAUACCAGCACCGCCGCCGACUUCCCCGUAUUCUUGUCCGCAGGCGAAGGAGUCGUCAUCCACUACGACCUAUCGGCCAUCUAUGCGUGGAAGGACGGUAAGACAGGCAAGUCGAGCGUGGCGAUGCCGAGCGCGCAGAACGCGGCAUACGAGCUCGACAUCGUCGGCGGCACGAUUUUUUCCUUCGAGCUCAAGGAGUGGCACAGCUGGGGCUUCGUCCGGCUCAAUGUAAAGUGCCUGGUCACCACCUCGGAGCUACCUGCGAUCCGGCCCAACUACUCCCAUACCCACGCCCACCACCAUCACACCCGGCCACUGAUGUGGAUCGGCGUCGGCACCGAUACCCCUGCCUCCUCCACGGGGAAGGGCCCCAGUCUGGUCCAGCUCGCCUACCGCGUUGGCGGGAUGCAUCAGGGUUCGAAGCCCGCGUAUUGGGUCCACAAGGACGAUGAUGGCGUGGAGAUGAUCUGA